AUGAGCUCCACGGACAACACCACCCCUGGAGGCCUCUUCAUUGAGGAGUCGAAGUCGUGGCCGGAGGUGGUGGGGAAGUCCAUCAAGGAGGCCAGGAAGAUCAUUCACAAGAACAAGCCUGACGAUGUUAUCGUCGUUCUCCCAGCAAGGGCACCGGUCGCCCUGGACUUGAGGCCCAAACAUGUGCGCUUCUUUGUUGACACCGUCGCCGAAACACCCUUCACUGGCUAG